GGUGUCGUCACACCCGCCGGUGAUUCCCUAUUGGCUCAACUGAAGAACGCAGGAAUGAGAUUGACAUUCGGGGCUGGCCAAUCGGUGUCCCGGCUUGUCCUCCGCUAACCGCCUGCGUCGGGGAGAUGGUGGCAGGUUUGAAUCCUCUGUAAGCGCUGAAUGAGGAGCGAAAGCAAGGGUGUUGCAGCGGGAAACGAAGGUAGGAGAGCGGAUCUUCCCGUGGGAGGUGAAGGAUGGACUCAGAGAAGAAUAUAUGUCUUGCAUUAUUAUUUUUAUAUUAUGCACAGCUUUCAUUGUAUAGUUUAUGUAUCUGUUUAUCGUGUGUAUGCAUGUAUGUAUAGAUAGAUAUUUAUCUAUUUGAUGUGAUGUUCAGAAGUUUAAGCCUCAUGAAGUUCCAUAGGGCUUACUCCCCAGUAGAAGUGCAUACGUUUGCACUGACGUUCUUCAAUAGAUUUCUAAAAAGAAAGAAAGAAGUUUGCAGGGAAGACUUAACCAUGCACUUCAAUACAUGUCUGCUCAUAAGAAACUCUGGUUGCAUCCAGUGGGGCUUCCUCUCAAGUAAGCGGGGGAAUAGAAUUGCAGCCUUACUUCCAGGUAGGUGUAAAAUCUAAAAUGAAUGGAAAUUUUGAAGCGGUGGGAAACUGCUCCCCGCCCCUCUCCACCUGUCUGGGAAACACAGUUUUUGGAGGGUUCAAAAUGUUGCAUUUUGCAGUACUUGUGGGUUUUGUUUUGUUUUUUGUAAGUGCUCUUUACAUAUCAAAAUAAUAAUAAUAAUAAUAGUUUAUUAUUUAUACCCCGCCCAUCUGGCUGAGUCUCCCCAGCCACUCUGGGCAGCUCCCAAUCAAGUAUUAAAAACAAUACAGCGUUAAAUAUUAAAAACUUCCCUGAACAGGGCUGCCUUCAGAUGUCUUUUAAAGAUAGGAUAGCUACUUAUUUCCUUCACAUCUGAAGGGAGGGUGUUCUACAGGGUGGGCGCCACUACCGAGAAGGCCCUCUGUCUGGUUCCCUGUAACCUUACUUCAAAAGCCACUUUGUCAUUCCAGGAACAUAAAACUAGCUUCCGGGCCCAAUUCAAAGUGCUGAUUUUGACUAUAAGCCUUAAAUGGCUCAUAACCGCAAUGCCUCAAGGUCCACCUUCUCUCCAUAUAAACCGUCCCAGACUCUGCAUUCAUCAUCUGAGGCCCUUCUUCAUGUGCCUCCUCCAUAAGAGGUUUGGAUGGUGGCAACACAAGAACAGGCCUUCUCUGUAGUGGCUCUUCAUCUCUGGAAUGCUCUCCCCAGGGAGAAGCCUGGCACCUUCAUUAUAUAUUUUUACAUUAAGGGUAAAAAUGUAUCUGUUCUGCCUUCUAAUACAGUGGUACCUCUGGUUGUGAAUGGGAUCCAUUCUGGAGGCCUGUUCGCAACAUGAAAAGAGCGCAGCCCGCAGCAGCGCGUCUGUGCACGUGCGGGUUGCGAUUCGCCGCUUCUGCGAGUGACGUCAUUUUGCGUGAGGGGCAAAACCCGGAAGUAACCCUUUCCAGUACUUCCGGGUUGCUGCGGCACGUAACCUGAAAGAACGUAACUUGAGCGGACGUAACAUGAGGUAUGACUGUAACUAUUUGGUUGGUUACCAUAGGUUACCAGGAAAUUUAUGUAGGUAAGUAAGUGCUGGUAGAAAGGGAACCUAUCUGUUUGUCCAGUCUCCUUAGAGACUGGUACUGAGAGUCAUACUGCCUCUGAUCCUGGGUGAAUCAUGUAGACAUCAUGCUUACUAGAAGCCAUUGGUAGACUGAUCUCCCAUGAAUUCGUCAAAUCCCCUUUUAGAAGUUGUCUAAGGGACCAUUGGUUAGUGGGUCAUGCUGCCUUACUCAGAGCAAAAGCAGCAUCAGCUUCUUUUUACAGUGUGUUGAGUCCCUCAUGCGGAGAAUGGCGCUGGGCACCUUUGGAAUGAAGGGCAAGAUAUAAUUGUAAUUAAUAUUAAUCAUUAUACCCAAAAAAGAUACAGUGACAUAUAUAAUCAAAACAAUAUAAGAUCAUAAAAACAUAGUGCCUGGCAAUGGCGUACCUGCAUAGUGGAUCAGCCAAAAUAUGAUGGGGAUCAACUCACCUAGGACUGUCUCAGUCAUCACAGUCACUGCCUCCUUUGCAAGUUAAGCUGCAUCUUAGCUGUUCCUAGGCAGGGGAUUGGGGUUGUGAGGAGCAGUGUAAACCUUAAUUUUCUGCCCUUCUGUCAAUGCCUUCGGGAUGAGUGUUAAUUAUGCCUGCAUUUUUGGUGGUGUAAAUUACACUGAGCUCUGUGAACGGGGCCAGUGAAAUUAAGGGAGUUGGGUGCAGCACAACUUUGUUUAUCCCUCUGCUUGCACACAACACACCCACUUCCUGCCUUGACAACCCCCCUUUUUUGCCCUCCUAAUCAGAGGGGCAGCAGAGCUUUCCUUCAGCCGCCAUCAGUAGAUUUGCCAGGGUAGGUCAUCCAUGCCAGCUUGAGGCCUCUUCAGCUGGGGAGAUACACCACAUCAUUAAAAAAGAAAAUAUUUUAUUAAGAUUUUCCUAUAAUAAAACUGCAACUACAGGAAGUGCAAACGGAAUAAGUAAAGUAUGGAGUGCUCUCUUAAAAGUAAUUCAUGGCCCUUACCACCCACAGAGGACAGUAGUUCUUCCCAGCUCUCACCUGAGAUCUUUCCUUUCUUCUCCCAGCCUCUCACCCAGGGAGACUAUGCAGUCUAUGGACCUUAAUAAAGGCCCCAGACAUAGGACUCCAAAAGGAGAAGAAAAACAAAAGAAAGAAAAAACAAAGGAAAAAGUGAAAUAGAGAAGAAUAAAAAAAGAAGAAGAAAAGAACAACAACAAUUAGCAAAUAAAACACACAACCACAUCCUGAUCUCCCCCAUAUGGCCCAUCUGAAGGUUAGGAUUGCAGCAUGACUUAAAAAUGUUUGCGUACUUGGUUUUUAUUUGUAUAAACCACUUAAAAAUCAGCAUUGACGUUAAGUGGCAUAUAAAUUAGUAAUAAUAACUGAGGGCUCAACCCACGCACCACCUUUCACCUCAGCCUUCGGCUCUGUAGUCUCUGUAGUGAACAAGUAAGACCCCUGCCCCAUGCCACCAGCCCACUUUCUUUUACACACACAUAUAUAUCACCAGUCAACAGUAUAACAAAACAAAUAACAUACAUAAAAGAAAAUAUUUCUAUACAUAAAAAAAUCCUUCCACCUAUAAUGACUUCCACCCACUUUCUAAAUUAGUACAUAACUGAGGAAUAAGACUUACAGACACAGAAUCUAUCCUUUAUUUCAAUCAUAUGGACCAGUCUUUUCCAACCUGGUGCCCUUCCAACAAUUUGGGCUGAUAGGAAUUGUAGUCCGAAACAUUUAGAUUGCACCAGCUUGGCAAAGGCUAGCAGAGAAAUAUUUGUGGACACUCAAAAGGGCAAUGCCUUUAAGGUCAUUAUUUUUCUUUUCUUUUCUCCCCCCCACCCCUUUGUGAAGCCUCCUGUUCCUUAAGGGGUCGGAAUCUGACGAGAUGAGCUGGGCUGUGGAAGAGUGGAAGGAAGGCCUUUCCACAAGAGCCCUUCACAAGAUUCAAGAACUUGAAAGUCAACUUGAGAAGCUCAAAAAAGAGCGGCAGCAAAGGCAGUUUCAGCUGGAGUCUCUGGAGGCUGCUUUGCAAAAGCAGAAGCAGAAGGUAGUAUAACUAUAUAGAUAUAAAUAUAGCACCGAUUUAGGGGACAAUCUGAUAUUGCUAGUAUAUUCUCAUAAUUUUUUCAUUGCUUCAAUUAAAAAGGCACAUACUGGAAAUAUGUAGUAUUUCUGCUUCUAGCAAGUUUUUACGGUUUAAUGACUAGAAGCUGAGAGGGGAAGAGCCACAGUGGCCAGAAUCACCAUGAAUGUCAUAUAUUAUCCUUGGGCGCAACUUAAAAAGGACGACACUAUAAUUUAUGUACAAGGACACUACACUGGCUAGCUUUGGUUUAACACUUAGAUUAGACUUUUCAUAUUCCACUCCAAUGUUAUGUUGAUAUCCCAUUGAAAAACAGUCGGGAUAAAAAUAGUAACUCUUCUCCAGAACUGAUUGACGUGGUUUUUCACAGAACAGCAGUGAAAAUCAUCAUCUUCAUCACUUUUAAUUUGUAUACAGUCUUUCUAACUUACAAUACUCAAGACGGUUUACAAGCUGAAAAAAACAAAGAAUGUACACCUUAUAACAAUCUACUGCAAUACAAAAAUGUGAUAAUAAAACAUAACUUUAAAAUAAGCAACCUACAUCAAGUCAUACUGGGUGUGGCUGUGCACUCUUCCAAUUAGGUGGAAAAUGAAAAAAACGAAGGAGCGACGCUGAAGAGAGAAAACCAGAACCUGAUGGAACUCUGUGACAGCCUAGAGAAAACCAGGCAGAAACUUUCUCAUGAACUUCAGGUGAAAGAAACACAAGUUAGCGUUCAAGAAGGACAACUCCUCUCGAGCAAGAAACAAACUGAAAGGCUUGAACAAGAACUUAAAAGGUGAGGUUCUACGAGCUGAGCUCCUCCCAACCAGGGGUAGCCAUCUUUGCUCUAUUAGAUGCAAGGGGACGCGGCUGGCGCUGUGGUCUAAACCACAGAGCCUAGGGCUUGCUGAUCAGAAGGUCGGCGGUUCGAAGCCCCACGAUGGGUUGAGCUCCUGUUGCUCGGUCCCUGCUCCUGCCAACCUAGCAGUUCGAAAGCAUGUCAAAGUGCAAGUAGAUAAACAGGUACCGCUGUGGCAGAAGGUAAACGGCGUUUCGGUGCGCUGCUCUGGUUUGCCAGAAGUGGCUUAGUCAUGCUGGCCACAUGUCCCGGAAGCUGUACGCCAGCUCCCUUGGCCAGUAAAGCGAGAUGAGCGCCGCAACCCUAGAGUCGGUCACAACUGGACCUAAUGGUCAGGGGUCCCUUUACCUAACUUGCUUCUAAGUGAGUGUGCAAUGGAUUGCUAAGUAAAUUAUUUGAGCUUGGAUCACAGUGAAAUCAUGGCUAACUUGUCCCAACGAUUUUAAUGUGACCUAAGUUCAGCUAAUUUAGUCUGAAUCCAAACUUACAUUUCUUAUUAUUAAGGUAACUUUCUAUGCCUUUAUUUAUUUUUAUUAAAAAAUAGAUACAAAUACGAACUAGAAAGAAGCCAGAAAACUUUUGCUGCUGCAGAUAUAUCUUUCAAUAGUACACCACAGAAGAACUUCGCUGCUCCUUCAACACCAAGUCACAAUGGUAUGCUUUGUUUUUAUCUUAAGAACUUUAUGGAUAGAAUUCCUAGAUGUUUUUUGUACCCAUAUGUUUUUAAAAGUUAACAAUGGUGCAAUCCUGCCCACAUGGCCAACUGUCAUCCAUAUUAUAUGUUAAUUGUGUCCUGUUCAUCUUGAGGGCAAAGUGCCCAGACAGUGACUGUGUUCACAUGUAGUGGUAAACCGAGGUUCUUAAAAAGCAAACACUUUAUAAUUGUGCAUAUAAGCAUUUUCAAACUUCCUGGAAAAUCAAGAAGCCAUUUACAGCAAUAUUGAGGUUUUUAUCAAAAUGCCACAUGAAUAAAACCAAACUUAUUAACGUAACAAAUAAUGCUUAAAACUUACAUUUUAACUUUAGUUUCUUCAUAUCAACGUAUAAUAUAAUCUAUCCCAGUUUCUUAUGUUUUGAAUGCUCUUUAUGUACGGUAUUGCUCAACCGGCCUCCAGACUCCAGUUUUUCUCUAUAAUUUCCUUGUUUCCUUAACAUUAUGUCCAGCUUAACAACUGCUUUUUGCUGUCAAAUAUUUCCAUCUUUCCUCUUUCCCAACUAUCCUUCCUCACUUUUGCAUGCAUAAUUCUGACGAUUGUUAAAUGUGCAACACUUGGAUACCAAUGUUCUUUGUUACUCUUUUUCCUUAACACAAUUCAACAAACAUAAAAUUAGUAAGCCAGGGCUCUUUGCUUAUUACACCACAUUGUGCUGGUGCAUAUAAACAGUUGCUCCUGAUUUGUUCCUCCUCUGGUGUGAGUGGAUGAACAAGCCAGAAGAGGACAGCUUAGCCUUAUGCCUGUACAGUGGUACCUCAGGUUAAGAACUUAAUUCGUUCUGGAGGUCUGUACUGUACUUGGGACAAAAGUUUGUUUUACCCUAACAAACCAUACUUGUUAGCCAGCCUUAACUCCUGGUUGGUUUCUUAUGGAAAAACAAACCACAACCUCAGGUUCAGACAUAACACUAGACUGUUCUCUAUACAGUGGUACCUCGAGUUACAAACGCCUCAGGUUACAAACUCCGCUAACCUGGAAGAGUUACCUCGAGUUGAGAACUUUGCCCCAGGAUGAGAACGGAAAUCGUGUGCCGGCGGCACAGCAGCAGCAAGAGCCCCCAUUACGAAAGCACACCUCUAGUUAAGAACAAUUUCAGGUUAAGAACCGAUUAAGUUCUUAACUAGAGGUAACAGAACAAAUUAAGUUCGUAACUAGAGGCAUCACCUGGUUUGUUUGCCCUAGGGAAUGGCGAAUCUGAGAGCCAGUGUGGUGUAGUGGUUAAGAGCGGUGGACAGGUAAUCUGGUGAACCGGGUUCGAUUCCCCGCUCCUCCACAUGCAGCUGCUGAGUGACCUUGGGCUAGUCACACUUCUCUGAAGUCUCUUAGCCCCACUCACCUCACAGAGUAUUUGUUGUGGGAAAGGAAGGGAAAGGAGAAUGUUAGCCGCUUUGAGACUCCUUCGGGUAGUGAUAAAGCAGGAUAUCAAAUCCAAACUCUUCUCUUCUUCUAGAAAUUGUUUCACGCUACCUUCCAUCAAAUGGGACGCGGGUGGCACUGUGGGUUAAACCACAGAGCCUAGAACUUGCUGAUCAGAAGGUCGGCGUUUCGAAUCCCCGCAACGGGGUGAGCUCCCGUUGCUCAGUCCCUGCUCCUGCCAACCUAGCACUGCAAGUAGAGAAAUAGGUACCGCUGCGGCGGGAAGGUAAACGGCGUUUCCGUGUGCUGCUCUGGCUCGCCAGAGUCAUGCUGGCCACAUGAUCCGGAUGCUGUACACCGGCUCCCUCGGCCAAUAAAGCGAGAUGAGCGCCGCAACCCCAGAGUCGGCCACGACUGGACCUAAUGGUCAGGGGUCCCUUUACCUUUACCUUCACCUUUAACUUCCAUCAGUCCUAGCCAGAAUGACCAAAGGUCAGGGAUGAUAGGAAUUGUAGUCCAGCAAUAUUCCAAACUUGUGAUUUACAAGAUGCCAUUCUUCUAGUUGUCAGGAAGCUCUUGCUUUUUGCACGCUCUGGUUUCUUAAUCCAAGUACUUUAGCUUGCCUCUGUAUGCAGACAGAGCCAUUAUGUAUUGUAAAGGAUGCUCCUUACAUCAGAAUGGCAUGAUUUGCUAGUAUGCCAUGUUGAGAAACAUCACACUUCAGUAUCUUUGUUCUUUUUAUAAGGACACACAGAGACGUAUAACAUUUGCUUCAUAAGCUUAUUGAGAUGUUUAUUUUUUGCACGAACAGAUUCAAAGUUUGAGGAGCUUCAAGUAAAAUACAACAAAGAAACAGAAGAAAGGAGGAGGUUGGAAGCUGAACUGAAGAGCGUGAAGUGUCAAGUAAUGGUAUGAAACAAGGCUUAGAAUGCUGUUAACACAAAUAAUUGGUUCAGAAUAGGAAAGGUGGAGUUUCUCAACCAAAAGAAAGCUAAACAAAAUAGUGAAGCAGCCCACAGUUGACUUUCAGAUUGCAAAACUGUCAUACAGGUUGAAGAAUGAUGAAUGGGUAGAGGUUUUCAUUCUCCUCAUAAAGAACAGUAUUCUAGAGAGUGACCUCUGUUGUUUGUUCCAGCUCUCAGUAGUCAAUUCUUUUUCUCUGAAGAAUCUUCUGUAUUGAGGCCAGUCCAAUUAGGUAAGCAUUUUUUCCCUCUGUUCUUUUGUUUUUAAAAGAAAACAGUCCCCUCGCAUCCUGAAAGUACUAUAAGUCGCAGAGAAAUUGCCCGGCAACAGGCUUCCUCGUCUGUGUUCUCAUGGCAACAAGAGAAAACGCCAAGCCAGCCUUUAUCUAGUAGUCAAGAAACUCCUGUGAGCAGCGGGUCAAUGCCAUCGCAUUUUCCUUGGGAAUCUGGGACAACUCCUAGUCACAAAGACCGGAGAUCGGCAAAGAAAGAGUUCGCCAGCAGUGUCUCAGACAGUUGCAAGGACUCUUCAUUCGUUGACAAGAUGAAAAUCCAGAACCAAGGUAUCUCGCAAAUAUUGUAACAAACUUGAACUCGUUCUUGAACUUUGCAGUUAGUUCGCCUCCUGCAACACAAUGCAACUGAUGUCCUUGCAAUGCUGGCACUACAGUGGUAUAGUAGUGCUCAUUCCAGAUUGCAAAUGCUUGCAUCAGCGAUGGAGAACCUGUGGCCCUCCAGAUGUUGGGUUCCAUUAGCCCAGCCACGAGUUGGGUAUGAUGGGAGUUGGAGUCCAGCUAUAUCUGGGGGUCUACAGGUUCUGCAUCCCUGAGUUACAUGCUUGCACAAGAUCAGGACAUUAAAAGGUGUCCUGCAACCAUUAUUAUUAUUUUUAUUAUUCUAUCUAGAGAACUCAAAAGAAUUUAAGUAUGAUUCCCCCCCAUUUUAUUAUAAAUAUAAAUACUUUACAAAAAAAUAUAUACUUAACAUUACCUUACAUAUAUUACAUACAAAACAUACAACACAUACUUCACCUUCAUCACCCCUUCUACCUACCUACCAACCAAGAUGCGAACAUACUGUGAUUACUGACUUCCAGCCAGUCUCACUGUGUAAUUUUGUCACUCAUUAAAUCUAUGCACAUUUCAUAUUGCUUAUUUUGUUUUUCUUUUGCAAUAAUUACAUCUUUUCUCUCGUCUUAACUUCUCUAUUUAUUAGAGUUAUUCAUACAUCUCUCAGGAGAUUUGUAUUUUCUAUAUAAAUUUUGAGAUAGUCUUUAAAUAUUGACCAAUCUUUAUUGACUCUUUGUAUGGUGUUUCCUCUUAAUCUCCCAGAUAAUUUGCAAGCUGUGAGGACUCCAUCAUUUUUACUAACCAGUCAAUUUUCGUGGGAAUGUUAUUGCUUUUCCAAUUUUUGGCUAUUAUAAUCCUAGCUGCGGUGGUCGCGUAUAUAAAUAUGGGUCGGGCAGUUUUUUAAAUUUCUUGUUGCAUAAUACCAAGUAAGAGAGCCUCAGGUUUUUUGUUAAUGGAGAAUUUAAACAUUUUUAAAAAUUUCAUUGUAAAUAACCUCCCAAAAUUCUCUUAUUUUCUUCCACUCCCACCACAUGUGGAUAAACGUGCCUAUUCCUUCUUCACACCUCCAACACAUAUUUAUGUUAUUUUUAUAUAUCUUUGCCAAUUUGACUGGGGUUAAGUUCUACCUGUAUUGCAUUUUCAUUAUAUUUUCUUUUAAAUUAUUACAUAAAAGUGAACCUAAUAUCUUUUUUUCCAUAAUUGUUCCCAAUCACUCAUAGGUAUAUUAUGCCAGAAUUUAAGUAUGAUUUUUAAGAGGGUUUCAUCGCAGAUGUGUUUACAAAACUAAGCUAACAAUGCAUUUUACAAACUCGUAUGCAGAGAUGAUUUCGAUAUCUCCCUGUAGAGAAGCAAGCAAACUCUGUCCAAGGUAUAUGAAGCAACACUAUAUUAUUCACACUUUUGUGUAUAUACAGAGUUAAGAUCCAGGAUUCAAGAACUGGAACGUAACCUGCAGAUUCAAACACAGGAUUUGAAAUCAACCACGGCUAAACUUCAGGAAACUAAGCUGCAGCUGGAACAUAUAAAAAUGGAGUCGACAGAAAAAGAUAAAGCUCUGAACAAGAGUAGAAACGAAGUAACUAGAAUUAACGCACAACUUGACCAGACCACGAAUCAGGUAAGGUGCUUUCUUAAAUCUUAGACUUUUUAAGAGGCAUUUCCCACAUGUAUGCACAACACUCAUUGUAUAUUUUUGUGGAUCUGAUAUUGGAGAGACAUUCAUAUAAUCUGAUAUCUGCUGAAGCAAUGCUUUUCAGUGGACCUCGGUACUGGUUGUUGUGGAGCAGAACCAUGGAACCAGCCUCCCGACAUUGCCUAUGCAAGCCUGAUGUGGUGGAAUUCAACUUGGUUGUCCAGUCUACCAUCUAAUUACCAUAUUUUUUGCACCAUAGCACUCACUUUUUUCCUCCUAAAAAGUAAGGGGAAAUGUCUGUGCGUGUUAUGGAGGGAAUGCCUACGGGUGGCAUGCCUACGGAUUUUCCUCCUCUAAAAACUACGUGCGUGUUAUGGUCGGGUGCGUGUUAUAGAGCAAAAAAUACGGUAAUCUAGUUUGCUGCCUAAUAUGAUUUUAAAUUUGGGAUUGACUGGCCAACUCUCUCUCUCUCUCUCUCUCUCUCUCUCUCUCUCCCCCCCCCCAACCAACCAACCAACCAAAAAAUAAAAUAAAAUCCUGGCCCUAAUUUUAAGUCUUCCAUUAUGCCAUAUGCUGAAAUAAGUUAUGGCUAUAUCUAUUGAGUUGUUGUUUUUGCUAGUAAGAACUAGCAAAAAAGCAUUUUAACAGCAGCAAUCCUACCUGAGCAGGUGAAACGUAGUCUUUCCCAUUGCUCUGUGAGGGUGACAACUUCCUUACAAUCAUGCUUCACAAUUAUUCAUCUAUAAAUCAUUCAUUCUUAUUUGUUUUAUUCUAGGAUGCUCUACUGUCUCUCCCCCCCCCCUUUCCAGCUAUAAUUUAAUUCAGCUCAUAUCAGUUUCAGAUAUUUCUAACUCGUGUGAUAUUUAAAUUACUCGUUUUAUAGCACACCGCAUCCGAGGAAAAGGUGAAAAGGCUUUCGGAGGAGCUGAACUGCCAGAGACAAAAUUUUGAAAGAGCCCAACACUCUUUGCAACAGAAAAUGAAAGAGAAAGAGAAAGAGUACCAGGAGGUAAAGCCAGGGAAGGGGGAAAUUCUCACAAGUGAAAGGGGGUUGUGGGAGCCCAUGGGUCCCUGGAAGGAUCCUGCUAAUGUUCAGUCCUGCAUCGCACUUCCAUCAGCCCACAUCCACAGGUGAACAGCCUUACUUACAGCUGUGGCGUUUGCCCUCCUAGGUGCCUGACAUCAUACUGGGUCAUAAGGAAAGGGUUAACUAAGUGUAAAAUGAUUAACCAAUAGGAACCCAAGGGGAGGAGUUAGAGUUGUUAAGAAGUCAGUCUGGAGUUAGAGAAGGGAGAGGGAGGAUAAGUCUGUGGGUUGGGCUAGUCUGAUGUGAGAGAGUGAGAGAAUUUGUUAAGAGGAGUCAGUUAAACAGUUGGGAUAAUCAGUUAGAAGGUAUUAGAAAGGUAUAGGCUGGUAAAGGUUAAGAAACUGAGACAAGAAAAAUUAUCUGAAACCAUAAACUUGUUAAUGCUUAUAAAAUAAACUUGUUAAUUUGGUUUAACGUUAACAACUGUCUGGACUCCAUGUGUACCCGAGAGUAACGGGUUGGUGGCAGCGGGGAAGCGAGCACAGUGGUGGCACAGGGAUCAAUAGACCGUCAAAUGUCCGGGGACCCUAUGUGAUCGCCACCACAGCACAAUCCAUUUUCAUGUCUGCUCAGAAGUAAAGCCCCAUUCAGUUGAGUGGGAGUUACUCCCAGGCUGUGUGCACAUAAGACUGCAGCCUUUGUGGUGAACAUAACUUCUAAUGUACUUUGUACAGUUGCAAAGGAAAUUGCUUACACAAAGGUCUGGCGAAAUUGGUUUAGAAAAAUCCUUCCUUUUCUCCUUUGGUAAGGAAAAUAAAAUGUUUGGGGUUGUUGUUUGAUCCUUGGGAUGGGAUGGGAGACAAAAGGGCGUAAUCCAGAGAAGUUGGCAUGCAGUGGUGGUCUUCACACAUAUCACUGGCAAUGAACGAAAGCAAGUUUAUCGGCUUGUUUCUUCAUUUCUUGGGCAUCUUUUGAAAUACCAGGACCAUCAAGGUUUAAAGAAGAUUUGCAUUUCUUUUAAGAAUGAAGACCAGCAGUAAAUUUAAAAAUAUAUAUUCCCAUUUCAAUCCAUGGAAAAAAUGCUUCUUUUUACCUUCUAAAUAAGUGCAUAGGAUUGCAGCUUUAAUCUGCCCUGCUCCUUAAUAUUUCUUUCGUUCCAGCCCCAGAUUUCCUGCCACAAGUUGCAUACCAGCAGAUACAUUUAAUUUCUCUCCUACGUCCUCCAACGUUGCCUACUUAGGCCAGGAUCUGCACACUACUUAAGCUAACAUGCAGGGUGUGCAAUUUCAAUGGAGUUUUUGCCUUCUCCCCCCUUUUUUUUCCUUUGAACUCCUAACCUUCAUGCCAUGUCACAAGCUGCUUUUGAAACUCUUCUGGUUUCCAAAGCAAUUUGCCAUAGGAGGGCAGCUGUUCAAGAAAAACUAAGUCUCUAAAGCUCCACUGGGCUGAUGGUACUAGUUUUACAGGCCAUAGAUGUGAUUCAGUGAAUUGUAUAUGCAAUUGAAUCCUUCCCACCCUUCUUGUCAACAAAAUCAUAAUGAAAAAUACUGAAGUGGAACAGUAGAAAAUAUCUAUUUAUAUAUUCCAAUUUCCUCAUUGUUCCCUUCUUAGUUAAAGGCUCACCAACAAAAAGACAUGCAGGUCUUCAGGGUGCAUAGCAACUGGGAAGUUUCACCCAUUCUUUUUCUUUUUCUUUUCCUUCACCACCUGAGAUCAGGUCAGGAAUAUCUGACAAUUUACCACAUUCCUGGUUUAUAAUCAUUUUGGUUUCCCCCAACGUUGCUGUUUUAGGAAGCGUCUCUCCAGCUCAAUCAGGUGAAAACGAAAUUGCAAGGGGAACUGCAUCAAGCCAAGAACAACUACAAUCUUCUUCAAGCAGAACUCGAGAAAGUAGGUAGUUUUUAAACAUGACUGGUAAAGGGGAGGGAUCCUAGAACUUUACAGAGUCUGAUGGGAUCUUGGAGGUGAGCUUGUGCAGCUCCCUCAGCGCAUGAAUCUUUCAAGUCAAUGACAUUUUUUUAAUAAUAAAAACAAACAAACCAUCCAGUCACUGCUGAAAUAACUCCAGUAAGGGACAGCUCACCACUUCCUGAGGCUGUUUGGUUCACCAAGAGCUCUUUAGUUAAUUAAUUAUUUUAAAUUUAGUGUUUUUAUUACAUUUAUAUCCCACUUUUUCUCCAGGGAGCUCAAGGUGGUGCACAUAUCCCCCUUUGCAUUUUUUUCCUCACAGCAACCCUGUGAGGUAGGCUAGGCUGAGAGAUAGUGAGUGGCCUGAGGUCACCCAAGGAGCUUUAUGGCCGAGUGGGGAUAUGAACCCUGAUCUCCCAGGUCCUGGGCACUAGGCCACCCUGGCUCUCUUAAUGCUGAGCAGAAAUCUGCCUUGGUUCUAGGCCUGCUCUCUGAAGCAACAAGUCUGCUCUGUCUUCUGUCUUCUCCCCUUAGCCUUCUUCAGGCUCAACAAACGUGGCUCUUUCAAACGUUCCUCAUAGGUUUCUAGACCCCCUCCAUCAUCCCAGUUGUUGACCUCUAAAAACAUGCUUCUAAGUGGCCUCUUCUGUCAAUCCCCAGCUGCACUGAGAAUAUUUCCUUAUCGUUUAAUGUCACACGUGGCUGCAAAGUAAAACGUGCCAUCUUUCCCCCUUUAGACCAAGUCUGCAAAGCAGCAAUUGGAAAAAAAGGUUGACGAUUUUUCACAGAAGUUGAGUCGAGCAGACCAGGCUACUCAGGCAAUGCAGCUGAAGGAAAGCGAACUGAAAAAAGCCUGUGAGGUAAACAGAAUUACAGGAAUAAUUGCAUAUUUACGACCCAUGGCCUGGUGUCGCUGAGGUGAAUCCCACUUGCCCUUUCAGUUCUGGCAAAGAAGAGAUAUAUUUAGGAGCAGGACACUGCAUGACCCAUCAACUGCACAGUUAACAAUAUCACUGUGACCUGGCCCAGAGCAGUCAGACUGGCUGCCAGCCCCGAUCUGCAAGCCAGAGAGAGCGCGAGUGUUAGUGGUGAGAGAUAAUGGAGGUUUUUGCCUUAUGACCGUGUAUCGACCAUCAGCCAAUAUAUAUUUGAACUUGCAAGCUGCAGCGAAGGGCCUGGUUAGGUGAAGGGUACUGUUCCUGCAAAGUUGAAAUUAUUUAGCCACUUCCACUGUAGCCCUGUGAAACACAGCCCAAGGUUUUCCAUAGGCGUCCCCUCCAAUCCUCUGGAGAGACUUUUCAAAAGGUGGCAUCAAGGAGGCUUUUGUGAGGUAUCUUCUGCCCUCGUUACUGUGCAUUCAGCCAAACGAGGCAAGCUGCAGGUCCGUCUUGGAAACGCCUGUGACUGCUUCCCAUCCAGUGAAAUGCAGCAGACUCGAUUGCUGCUGCAGAGCCUCUGGUCCAUGCAAUGCCCAGGCUCCCAGACUGGCUGAGGUUUUGCCAGACCCCCGGCUCCCUAAGCUGUUAUUGGGGAGGGGGGGUGACCCUGCAGGGCCCCAUCAUUAAUAAGAGGCUCCGGCAAACGUUAACGGAGCCUACAGCUCCUUGCACCUGUUAUCUCAAAAGAGUGAUGUGCAAAGCUGUCAACUUUUCCCUUUUCUUGCGAGGAAUCCUAUUUGGAAUAAGGGAAUUUCCCUUUAAAAAAGGGAAACGUUGACGGCUAUGGUGAUGUGCCUGCUGGUAGCAUCGCUGGGAGAACUGGGAUGUGGGAGGAGAAAAGCCAAGCCGGGUGUGUGGAAUAAAAGAGUAUCUCGUUGCUUCCUUGCGCACAGUUUGAUUCUGAAGGCCAGAGCUCGUGUCUUCUGUCAAAGUCCCGUGAGCUUAUUGGUCCAGCCCCUAAUGAUAAUCACACAGGAUGCAAAGCCCCAUUGCUCUCUGCAUCCGUUUAAGCCACUUGACCGUGAUCGUAUUCCAGCAGCGCUUUUUAAAUCGCCGGCUAAUGGUCCUUAUGCUUGUGCUUAAAACUGUUAAGGAGCCUUUAACUGCAGGAUGCUCAUUACGCGCUGCGCAUCCAAAAAAAAGUCAGAAAAACCCUGAGCUUUUGCAUUUGGGCACUUGUGUGGGAAACGUUGGCGCUGCAGUUUGCCUCUUCUCUUUCUUAUGGGAGCUGAGCGGGGGUUGCGGCACGGGGCGUGCGGGGAGGACGGGCGAUGAGCAGAAGCAACAACAAGUUUAAUCUUGCUCUCGGGCUGAUUUGCUUAAAUAGCUGGAAAUACAGACCUGCUUUGCCAGCAAAUUUCCAGCUUAUGCUUCCCAUCCUGGUUGUCCCUUCUCUUAAAUUUGGCUUUGGUGCGUUUGGUGCCCAUCUGCUAGUAGUAACUAGAUGGAUAAUUGAGGGCUCGAGACCAACAAAGCCCUGCCAAUGCCAUCUGUUAUCUUAGCGGCUCAGGAGUGGGCGGUAUGUGUUUGUACGUGCCAUUUUCUUUAGGAACUGGCUUUUUAUUUUUGCUUCCCAAGGGAGAGUGAGUUAUGAUGACAGGGGCCAGUUCUUUUUUCCUUUAAUGCUUUCAAGGUUCAGUGCAGAGUGCUCCAAAUUGUUUCACACUCCUUCCUGGGGAAGAGUUUAGAUGCAAGGCGAUUGUGUGUUUAGGAUCUACUGUGCAGGAGGGCGGCUAGCUUUUGAUUUAUCUAUCUGCGAGAUACCUGCUUUCUGCAGAAAAGACUUGGCCCCGAAGCCUCCAUGAGUUCUAACCCUGUCUCUGAUAGCAGUUUUAACUCAGAGACCUUUGGCUGCAGAGUUUCCCUCUUCCAUUAAGCACUAAAGGGGCCGUGAUUGGGUUGUGGUUCUCUGAUACUCCCCCCCCCUCUUUUUGACCUGCAACACCCCCUUGUCCUGGCAUAAUUUAUAACAGGCUAGAGGUUUCCUUACUUAGCAUAUGCCGCUUGGCAGCUGCUUAGAGUGCACUGCCUGUCAGCUGUAGCCUGCCAGUGUGAUAAUAUUUCUGCUGCCGUUCUCUUGGUGUAUAAGAAAUGAUAGGGCAGUUGUCAACCGAUAACUCACACUUGAUGGAGGAGAAGGUUAUUUGCGUUUGUGGAAAAGUGUGGUGGAAUUGGGCUACCAGACCAAACAUGGCUUCUUUUCAGAAGCCCUCUAAGCCAGAAAGUAUAUAGCAUAAAUGUUUCCCACAGCUGAAUUGCUCAGAUGUGUGCAGAACCGCUAGAUGUCAGGAAUUCUUCAUUCUCUUUUGCAUCUUUUUUAUCUACUUAGUUCAGAUAGAAGAGAGUAAAGGUAAAAGGACCCCUGACAAUUAAGACCAGUCACAAAUGACUCUGGGGUUGUGGCGCUCAUCUCGCUUUAAAGGCCAAGGGACCCAAUGUUUGUCCGCAGACAGUUUUUCCGGGUCAUGUGGCCAGCAUGAAUAAGCCGCUUCUGACAAACCAGAGCAGCGCAUGGAAAUGCCGUUUACCUUCCCGCUGGAGUGGUACCUAUUUAUCUACUUGCACUUUGAUGUUCUCACCCCAUUGCGGGGAUUCGAACUGCCGACAUUUCAAUUGGCAAGCUCAAGCUGCACAGUGGUUUAAUCCACAGGGAGAAGCCUUAUAUUUCAGUGAAUAAUGUCUUGAACUAUUUGUAAAAUUAUGGUCCCGAUGUUGUGCAGUUGUCUUUGUAUUAUAUCUGUAACACAUUUUUGUGGGGGUUUUUUUUCUAAAAUAAGCCAGAUUGAGGGCUAUAAACCUUUAAAUGAUUCUAAGCACAUUUCAGGGUACUCUCCUCUCUUUCCCCCCCUUUUUUUGGAAUACACUGAGGGACAUCAUUGCAUCUGGCAGACAUUAGUUGGGAUUUACAUUUAGAAUGGGUGUGUCUUAAGCAGCUAGUGUAGCUUCAAGUUCCUUUCGCAUUUUAGAGACUUUAGCCCUACAGACCACCUUGAUACAGUCCAGAGCAUAUAGACCAUGUCUGGACUGGUAAGGCUUUCUCCAAUAAUUAUUUGCUUAUUAUUUAAAUAAUUUCUGUACUGCUUUGUAUGUAAAAAAACAAAGAAAAAAUUCCUCAAAGCGCUCCACAACCUAACUUAAAGCAUCAAAUGAAGCAUUGCAAAAGCAUCAACAUAAAACCUUACAGAUGAAGGUCAAAUACAAAAUAAUGCAUUUCAGCCAAUGUAUUAUCAGGAAAAGAAAACAUUUUCUUAAAUACAAAAAAUACAGGAAGAUAUCAAAUACAAAAAUACAGUAAAACUCCACUAAACAGCAUCAUUGGCAACUAAACGAAAUAACUGAAAUAGAAGCUGUGCCUGCACUCCUAAUCACCCCUCACACGGUGGCAACCUCUCCAAAAUACACCCUUAGCAGUUCUCCUAGUCUCACUCAUGCAUCCCCAUCAGGCAUACAGAUAACAAAGCUAAUUCACAGCCAACCAUUUAUUACAAAGCAAACAUCUGGUCUACAAAAAUACAUAGCAGCAUUAAGCAUAAUUGACAACCAGCUUAUUCACCCACCUCAGACUAAGGCCAUAUAUAGUAUAUAAAGAGCAACAUUUCCACCCCUCCUUCCUGUCUCUCUCCAAUGCAGGGUUCGGUUCAGUCUCUCACGCUGAGCGGUAUUAAGCAGCUCUGAAAUGCACAAGUGCAUGAGAAUCAAGACAGUUGCUCAGGGCGGCAAAAAUGCAGUUCUAGCUACUGCCCAAUAAUAAUACACCACACACUUCCUCCUACCAGAUAAUGCAUUCAACAGUUCAAAAUUAAAGGGGUUGGCGCCCUCACGGCGAUCCCUAAAGGCCUUCAUUUCAGCAGCCCUCUUAUCUUGGUCUGUGGGCUGGGAGGCAAGUCAAUUAGCCACAGCCGUUUCCACUCUUCUCCUGAUGAUGGGACUGUGUGGGCCAGACAACCUGAAAAGGUAUAGCCGGCUAGAUAAUUGCAAUGUUCCUACAUGUAAAGUGCCUGAAUUAUAUGUUUGGGCUUGGAUGGUAGGCUAUGCAUCCAGAAAGAAAAGAAAGUAUGGUUCAAGGUCACUGUUGUGCCUGGAAUCACAUUGGAGACUUCAUCUCCCUUGAUAUUUUUCCUAGCAAAGCCUUCUCAGCAGUUGUUUUUGUUUUAUUUCUUACUGGACCCUCUAUUUGCAAUUUAAAAGUUCCCUGCAAGCAGUGGCUAUACUUUAGCAAGCUGGAGUUGUCUAUGCACGCUCUCCUCCCUUUCUCAGCACAUUGCUCCUACUUCCAUUAUGUCUGAAAGCAAGGAACUAUGGUUUGAAGGUCAGCUUAUUAACCAGGAUCUUAAACGAUGGGUAGUAAACCGACAUUAAACCAUAGUUCCCCAUUUUGGGCAUAAUGGGGGAAGUGUAGUUUAAGCUUCUGAGAACUAAUACGAAAGGAAGGGAUUGGGUACCCAAGAUUGCUGAGCAAGGGGAGAAGACCCGCUGCUAGUUCCUGGCUUGGUAAACUAUGGUUUAGCAAACUCGGAAUGUAUGUCUUAGCUGGCUCAAUGAGUCAAAGAACCUUAGUCAAAGGUAGCCAAUUCUUUAACUGUCACUUGUUUAAUUCUUGCUGUCCAAGGAAACAAAGAAGCAAAAUGGCCUCCUUCACUGCCAGUCGGCUCAACAGUUGCAAGAAAUUUGUCAGUUAAAAGAAGAGCUCUGUGUAACCAAACGACUUCUGCAGCAGAGUCAAAACGUCGUUGAAGAUAUGAAAAGUGAGUCACCAAUUUUUAUUAGGUUUCCUUCCCAUUCUGAACCUUAUUCUGUGUUUUGAGGUCCCUCUGUAUAGCAUAUACUGAGUUAAAUCUUGUUUAGCAUGUUGUAAGCAACUUGGGCGACCAUUGUAGUUUUCGAUAACUGGAUAUAAUAAUAGUAAUAAUAAUAAUAAUUUUUAUUUAUAUCCCGCCCUCCUCAGCCAAAGCCGGGCUGAGAGCGGCUAACAACAACAAAAGUAACACAGUUUACAUAAAAUCACAAUCAAUUAAUUGAAAUGCAUUCUAAAGUCAAUUCAUUCUAAAAUCAAUUCAAAAUCAAAUUAAUGGCAACCAUUGGGCUAGAAUUCUAUGCAAUAUGCAUUAUGUUUUGCAGUGUACAGGGGAAAAGAUAAGAUCCAGGUGUGUCUGUGUAAACCUUAAGUUACCAGAUGAGAACAAGUGGGAUAAAAUAGAUAAAAUAAAUGAGUAACACUAAUAAAGAGAAUAAAGGAAUCUUACAUUUUGUAAAUUAAAUACUUCCCCUUUUCUUUCAAUCCCUUGGAUUGCAGAUAAAAAUUUCUCUCUGGAAAAAGAGUUAAAACUACUUGAAGAGAAUCUGAGCAAACAAGAGAAUCCUCUCACUUUGGAGAAAAUGAAACUUGCUAUUUCUGAAUUGGAAAACCAACGAGAUUCUCUCCAGCAGCUUCUGAAGCACAAAGAAAACACCAUUGAAGAGCUCAGUGUAAAACUGGAGGAUCUGGAAGCUUUGCAGAAAGUUCUUACAGAGUGUGAAGGACUUAAAAAAAAGGUUGAGGUUCUUUCCCAGUGGAAAAAAGAAAGUGGGCAACGCAUAAAUGAACUUGUUUUAGAAAAAGAAGACUGGAUGAGCAAGAUUUGCAGCCUGGAAAGGGCCUUAAUGACCGAACAACUUAAAAGUAAUGAGAGAGUAAAAGCUUUAGAAGGUACGAAUGAAAACCUUUGUGUGGAGAUUAGAAAUCUCAAAGCUAUGGUGGAAGACAAAACAGCAGAGCUAGAAGCAGAAAGAAAAGCCCACAAUGACCUUCAGGAUAAAACAGCAGCAUCUGAGGAAAAACACAGAAAAGAGAGAGAAAACAAUUCACUGAAAUUAUCUGAGUUCACCAAACAAGUGGAUGUUCUACAGAAAACACUGGAGACGGUAGGAGAGGAAAUGUUGGAAAAGGACAGAUGUAUGGCCUUUUUGGAAACAUCCUUAGCUUCCCACGUGCAGUUAAAAUCCAGCUUCGAGAAACAAUGUGAGGAGCUGGUCCAAGCCAGAGAUGAGACAGAAAGAAAACUGGCUGCCGCAGAGCAAAGGCAUAAAGAUUUUGUUAGGGAGAAGGAAAAGCGCAUAAGUGAGUUGGAAGCAGCUGUUUCCGAAAAGCAGGACUUGGUCACUAAGACUUUACAGGCUCUCCAGGAGAAAAACAAGACAUUGCAAGCACUGAUCGCAGAAUCAGAGAGGCAGCAAGCAGAGAUUCUGAAUUUAAGAAGCAGUAACUCUUUCCUUGAGGAUACAGUGCAGCAACUGAAAAUUACGCCUCAAACAGUUAGCCACAAGGAACCAGAUGCGUUGGCACCAAUAGCCUUAAAUAAAAAGCUAAUUGAAGGAGUUAGUGAUGAAAAUCUCGGCCUUACGAUUGAUAUCAGUGCCAUGGAGCAAAGAAAUCUAGACUUAAUGCAGACAGGCUUCCGUCUGUCCAGAAGCCAGAAGGAGAGGGAGGAAAGCCUCUUGGACCUGUCAGAAAGGCAUAGAGAGAAAAGCUUGUUACUGUCUAAAGCCGAAGAAGAAUCAAGAAGGAAAUGUGGAUCAGUGGAAGCAGAGAAUAAGGACUUAGAAUGUGCUUUAAGGGAGCAAGCAUGCCAUUCUGAAGUGGAGAAAGCCACAUUUGAAGAGCGAGAGAAGCAGCUCAUGAACGAACACGAGGAGCUGAAGUGUAAGGUCAUGUCCUUGGAGAAGAAAAAUAACACUCAGCUUGAAAAAAUGCAGGCAGUACCUGAAGAAACUGAGAUUCUGGGACAGGAAAGGGCAGCACUUAAUAAAAUGCAGCAUCAUAACGAUGUGUUGCUGCAAGAGAAUGAGGAACUUGUCAAGGAGCUGAAAAUAAGGGGCGAACGUGUAGCUGGUGGCUUUCCUGUGGAGAAGACUUCGCUGGGACAGCUGAGAGGAUCUGCAGAAGAAAAGGAGGAGGAACUGAAUAAAUAUCAGGUUCAGCUAGAGCUGCUUCAAAUGGACCUUGAGGACAGAGAGGCCUCAGUAGAGAACUAUGCUGAUCAAGUAAAGCAGCUGGAGAGUGCUCUGAGAACUAUGGAAAUAAAACUGGAAGAAAACGAAAUGGAGAGAGAGAGGCUGAACCACGAAUUGCAAGCUCUUAAAGAUGUGGAAAAUCCACAUUUAGAGCUUACAGAAGAGGAAGGGAAUGACCAAUCAGCAGCACAUUUCAAUGCUGUUUCCAAGGACAACUUUAGCGGACAGAUAGAUGCCAAGUGUUCGUCAGUUCCUCAUGAUCUGACGCCCAGCCAAAGUGAUUAUGUCCGAUUAGUAGCCUCCCUACACAUGACAAUGAGCAAGCUCAAUGAGUUGGAGAAAAUGUUCGAACACCUGCAGAUUGAAAAGUCAACAUUAGCAUCCCAGCUGAAAGACUCUCAAUUGAAAUGCAUCGCAGGCGCAAUGGCAGAAGAGCUCAUCGGCAGAAUUAAUAAUGCAACAGAAGAGAGCGCUGCUUUUUCUGGUGGCUUAAUAGAUCACAGUAAAAUAGCAGCACAAUCUGAUAUUGAGCAAAUGCCCUUAAUAGCUCUGGAAUGUUGUGGUGGACUUGACUGCAAAGGUUUGAAGCCAUCCAGCAAAGAAAUUAAAAUGCACUUUGACGGGGUCAAGGAAAAAAUCUUCUCUUUGACAAAUGAAUAUAGCAGCUUGCAAGAGCAGCACUCGGGUAUGGCCUCCAAAAUAUCAGAGCUGCAAAGCUAUAUUGACAUGCUCAAGGAAGAAAAUGCUGCACUAUCAACCAGCCUCGACCAAGUCACAAAUUAUUCCUUCACAACGCAGGUAACCCCUCUUCUAAUGAAUGAAGAAUUUCAUUCGGAUGGAAAGUUCCCCAUGAGAUUUCCUUCUUGCAGCAAAAUCUCCUCGUGUACAAGUUCAACUCUUAUGGAAUCUGAUAUAGACUCUGAUCAGUACAGACCGUCAAAUGAAAUAAGUGACCUAGAUAGUAACAAACAAGCUGAUCUAGAAAGUACCCCUGAGGAACAUGGCCACUUUCUUUCAGAAGGGAAUGGCAGUGACACACGGGCCUGUAUCAUGAAGCAGGGGCAUGCCAUGCCUGAAAGACAUCAUUUAAAAAAGAGAGUCGAAUACCUCCUACGUGAGGCUUAUGAAAAGUCCUUCAGGAUGCUUGAAGACUCAUUUGAGUCGCAUAAAAAUCUUGAAGACGAAGAGAUCCAAAAGAUCCAAGAGCUGCUCCUUUCUGUAAGGAAGGAAGUUGAUGGUCUCCAAAAGCAAAAUAUAUCGGAAAGCAAACAGUGGCAACGAAAACUUAAUGAUGUGGUCUUGCAGGUGGCAUCUAAAUUGCCAGCCGAGAAGAAACAUCCUGACCUGUUGCCUCAGGAACUGGAGGAACCACUGCAAGGCCUUGAUUUAGGUUCUCAUUCUCUGCUUUGUGUUGACACUGAACACGUAAGUGUGCCUAAUUUCUUAUCAUGCAGUUUUUCAUGUAUGUUCAAUAGAUUACCCAUGUGUACUGUUUUGGGAGGGAAGGGAGGAAGUCUCUUUAGACUGGGAGCAAAGGCAGUUCAAAAAGCAUGGUGGCUAGCUUCAGAUGCUUUGUUGGACUUCAACUCCCAUCAUCCCUGACCCUUGGCCACAUUGGCUGGGGCUGAUGGGAGUUGUAGUUUAACAACAUCUGGAGGGCACCAUAUUAACUAUCCCCGUUUUAAAACUUAUUUCUUUCACACACGCACCCAAUUUGAAACUAUUUUGACAGCCUUGAAAAGCUGUAGUUUCUGUAUUCUAAGAAAUAGUGUGAAUCAAGAUACAUAAAGAUUUGGUUUUGUAUCCGAAUUCUGAAAGAAGAGCUUCGCAUCAACUGACUCAUUUUUAAAGCCUCAAUUUAUGGCCAUUAUUGCCAGUUAAAUUCUGUCCCUCCCUGGCUCCAGCCAAGAAAUAUGCUCAGAGAGGGGAAAAGAGUAUGCUUGACAGCAAAAAAGCGAUCUUGUUGAGUAUGCUAAGGUUGCUAAAUUAGAAUUUUAGUUCCAGGUUCUUUCAUAUACAGUGGUACCUCGGGUUACAGAUGUUUCAGAUUACAGACUCCUCUAACCCAGAAAUAGUACCUCGGGUUAAGAACUUUGCUUCAGGAUGAGAACAGAAAUCGUGCUCCGGCGGUGCGUUGGCAGCGGGAAGCCCCAUUAGCUAAAGUGGUGCUUCAGGUUAAGAACAGUUUCAGGUUAAGAACGGACCUCUGGAAUGAAUUAAGUACUUAACCCGAGGUACCACUAUAUUAAAUCCAGCAACAACAGCUAUGUGUGAUUAUUGCUACAGUGGGCCAAUUUAUGUAAUAGGGAAUGACAUCAGUAGGUGGGAAGAGCCUGCUUUGGUGAAAUGUUACAUAAGAGAUGAGGUGUCUUCAAGCAUUUGCCUGAAAAUGUGAGCACCAAGUUGUGUAGCCAGCAGGGCAAACAUGCAAGUCCUGCCCCCAAUGUCAUCAUGUGCUCUGCCCCCACCUGCCCAAGUUCCCCAGCCUUCCCUGUGUUGGACUAGGAAGGUCUGUGCAGCAAUUACAUUUGCAUUUCUCUGAAAGUGAGUAGAGCUCUCCACACAAUCAGAGGACCCUGCUGAAAACAAUUUCCCCAGGUGAUCAACAGGAGGGCCCAUAUUAGAAUAUUAAGUGUGUUCUUUAUCUACCAAAACAUUACAUAUUGGUUCCCAUUUUAUUCUGCAGAGGUCAUUGGCAUUGUUUUUGAAGAUGUGUUUAUUUAUUUUUUUGCCACCCUGGACUCCUUUGGGGAGGAAGUAUCACAGUUAAAUGUAAUAAAUAAAAGAAUAAAUAUAUCAAUUUGAUAAAAGUGACUUAUUAAUUAAAAUGACUCUCUUUUUUCUAUCUACUUCUAGCAAGUCCAGAUUCCUUCUAAGCAAGCAAUUGAUCCCUUGGGUCAACUGGAACUGUAUGGCACGUCUACUGAAAGCACAACGUUUGAAGUUGAAAAUAGUAAAAUAUCAGCAAGGGCAGGUGAAGCAAAUAGAACAGAAGAUGAAGACUCUAUUUGCCAAGCAAUUGGCAUGAAAUUUAGAGAAAGAGGCCUUCUGGACUUAGACACAGAAUUCAGAAAUGCAACAGAUAUAUCCAUAAGUUCUCCAAACUAUCCUCAUGAGUUAUCGUUUCUUCCUUCUCAAAACACUGAUGUGAUGCCUGUGGACACCCUGGAAAGCCAAAGGACCCCUGAAAAGCCUCUGCUAGAAGUAGAGCAGACAUGUAAUAAAAUCUCCAAGCCCUUCCCUGACGUGGAGGAAAGCAGUAAAAGAACUGAUAUUCUACUAAUGGAGAUCCAAAACCUAAAGUCAGGCCUGGAUUCAAAGGACAAAGAGCUGGCUGCAGAGAGAACUGCUUGUGCAGAGUUGGACAAAACAGUUGUAGCACUCGAAAAAGAAAAAGGAGACUUAAAUGAGUCACUUAAGUCUGUUACUUUUGAUAACCAGCAGUUGUCUUACAGCCUUAUGGCUCUUGGAAUAGAACUUGAGAAGGUAAAAUCUGAUAUGGAAAUGUACAAGGCAAGACUGUCCAAUACAACAGAGACUCUGGAAGAUUUGGAAAUGGACAAGGCCGACUGGACUGAGAGGCUUCUUGAAACUGAAAAUGAGCUGAGGAGGAUAAAAUCUGAGAAAGCAAAUAUUGAGAACCAUGCCUUAUCCAUGGAGACUGACAUAGAGGAGCUUCAGUUAAAGAACGAGCACUUGGAAAAAGAAAACGAAAAUAAACUGAAAAGCAUUUUUGGCCUUCAAGAGCAGCUUCAUAUACUCGUCACUGAGAGAAACCAAUUUAGUCAAGAUCUGAGUGCUUUGUUGAAGGAUAAAGAAGAAUCGGAUCAAAUGUGCCAGAAAAUGCAAGAGACUAUCAAAGAACUUGAGUCAAGUAAAGGGGAUUCUGCUGAAUUUAUCAGGAUAUUGGAAGCCGAAGCUAAUACUCAGGCAAAAUUGCUUCAGGCUGCGAAGGCCGAUACUCAUCGGUUAUCAACCGAAAAGGACAGACUUCUGCUGCAGUUACAGAAUCUGGAUCAGGUUAUGAGGACUCUUGUGUUAGAAAAAGAGGCAGCGCAAAGCCAAAUAGAGCAUCUGAAUGAGGAAAAAGAAGUGAGCCUUAGGGAAUAUGAAACUUUACACAGCAAGUUAAGUAUCUCUGAAAUGGAAUAUGCCAAGAUAUCAAAGUCUCUGGAAGGGUCGCUAAUAGAAAAGGGUGAACUUGCAACUAGGCUGAACUCAGCACAGGAGGAGUUGUCUCAGCUGCGUCGGGGCAUCGAGAAGCUCAAAACAAAAAUAGAAUCCGACGAAAAGAAAAGGUGUCACCUUGCGGGAAAACUGAAAGAAAGCGAGCGGAAAGCUGACUCCCUCGCAGACAGAAUUGAGAAUCUCGAAAGAGAAUUGCAGAUGUCGGAGGACAAUUUGGAAGAUGCAAUUCUUCGGGCAGAGACGGCUAAAGCAGAGACGGAAACAGCCACUGCGGAGAUAGAAAUGAUGCGUGCGACUUUGCAAAGCUUGGAAUGUGAGGUGAAUGCCUUAAAGUUAGAAAAAGGAUCUCUAGAGAGAGAGCUGAAAGAAAAUCAGGAUAAAGUAUCUGAAUUAGAAGGUCUUAAUUCCAUGCUUGUGAAGCAGCUAGAAGAAAGGGAGAAGGAGAAGGUGCAAAUUAGAGGUGAAUUUGAAAACGCACUGAUGUCGGUGGAAUCCCAGUUGAAACUGGCCCGUGAAGAAGUUAAACUUUCUCAUUGCGAAGAAGAGAAUUUCAGGACAAAAGAAGAGGAUCUGAUGGAUGAAGUUGCUUGUGUCAAAGAAGAGAAUGGACGGUUGGCUCAUCAUCUACAGGAAGCCAAAAGCAAACAUUCUGAAAUGGAGCAUUUGCUGGAGGUCCUCGCCCAGCAAUUCCAAGACCUCAUACAAAAGCUGGAUGACAGCGAUCCUGUUCUGGAGCAGUUGCCAAAAAAUGAAACUCUGCAGUCUAGUCUUGAGGCUACAGAGGUGGAGUUGGAAGCUGCAACUUCUGAAAAACCUGCCUUCCUUGAAAAGGUACAGUAUAUUGUUGACAUCAUGGGUAGAAUAUCUUGUAGGUUAAUAGGUUCCUUCUGAAAUUAAAGGCUGACUUGGGUUGUUGUUUAUAUUGGGGGAGUUUUCUAGAAUUUGCAUGUUUGGAUUUGAUAUCCCGCCUUUCACUCCCUUUAAGGAGUCUCAAAGCGGCUAACAUUCUCCUUUCCCUUCCUCCCCCACAACAAACACUCUGUGAGGUGAAUGGGGCUGAGAGACUUCAAAGAAGUGUGACUGGCCCAAGGUCACCCAGCAGCUGCAUGUGGAGGAGCGGAGACUCAAACCCGGUUCCCCAGAUUACGAGACUACCGCUCUUAACCACUACACCACACUGGCAUGUAGAGAUUAAAUACAUUUUGCCUGGCGCCAAAUAACAAAGUAACAUUGAGUGACUGCAGAUGUGGUUCCCAAAAUCAAAAUCCACUUUAUCUGAAGAAGACAAGCUGAUAUUUAAGUUUAUAGUUCUAUUGCAAUCAUAACUGUAAAGUAUGUUAUCUAUAAGUAUAACAUGAAAUAUGUAGAGCAGGCAUAGGCAAACUCAACCCUCCAGAUGUUUUUGGCCUACAACUCCCAUGAUCCCUAGCUAACAGGACCAGUGAUCAGGGAUGAUGCGAAUUGUAGUCCCAAAACAUCUGGAGGGCUGAGUUUGCCUAUGCCUGAUUUAGAGCAUAAUCUUAUGGAUGUUUUCUCAGAAAUAGUACUCAGUGUUCAGUGGGACAUACUCCUAGGUAAGUGUGCAUCGGAUAGUAGCCCUAGUCUAUUACUGUGCUACUUACAGCGUACAUAGUAAAGAGUUGCUGUGAUGUGCAACAUAGCAGCCGUGUUUGCACGUUACGGUAAACCAUAGUAAUGCUUUACUGUGAACAUGCAGAAAUCUUCCCUUUUACCCAUCUCAUCUAGAUGGCAGGAAGAACAAACCAUAAUCCCUCGCUUAGUGUUAUGUCCGAACUAGGGAGUGUGGUUUGUUUUAUUCCGAACAAACCAAGGUUUGCUCAAACACGCUGCAGUUGGUAAGCCGAGAAGAAACCUUGGUUUAGUGUCUGUAUUAACAUCUCCCUGGCCACAUGGGAGGAUUGCAUUGGGAGCCUUCUGCAUGCUUGAAGUGAACCAUUAACAGCAUGUGCAAACUGGACUCUGCUUUUGGAUCUCUAGCAUAGACAGCUAGGGCCUGUCUGGUGCAAACCGAAGGACAUCAGUAGACGUUUGUUUCGUUUUAUGGAAUUCAUCAGAUGCUCUAGUUAACAGGUCCUGUUAGGAAAUAGCAUAGUUGCCCCAACAGUGUGGGUGUUAUGGAAGGAAAGGAGAACAUCCAUGCACUUUACUUUGAACUAAUGAGAAGUCCGGUUUUGCAUUUGGCUGGGUAAUUAUUUCUUCUGCAGCAAUAAUUGCAUGAAUGUUUACUGGUUUAUUUUUAUUUUAUUUUGCAGGCAAAUAGCCACCAGAAAAUAGUGCAACUCAAGAAAGAAUUUGAUUCUUUCCAUCAUAGAUUUCAGCACUGGCUGAAAGCCUACACAGAACUAAAGCAGGAGAAAAAGAUGAUGGUGAAGCAGAUUCAUGAACUUGAGAUUCAACUGAAGAAGAUGGAUCCAGGUAUGUAGCGCAGGCGCGGGGAGCCUUUUCCAUCCUGCAGGCAGGUCUUCUCCCUCAACCCCGCCUUGGGCCACUUUGACAUGUGUGUGGGGCUGCGCAGCUAUUAAUCACCUAUCACUAUGAUGUCAGGUGACAACCUCAAAGAGGCUUGACUGUCAAGGCUGAUCAGCUGAUAGGUCCUGUUAGCAAGCCCCACUUGCCAAGGAACAGUCACUUUAAGCUCCUUUGCAGCCGUGUCUUUACUUGCCCCACAUCUGAUGUCAUGUUUGAGGGGCAGCUGGCCGUGGUUUUGGGGGGAAAGCCUCAUGGGCCAAAUAAGAACUUCUUCUGGGUCUAAUUUGGCCUGUGGGCUGGAGAUUCCUCAUGCCUUUGUGUGUAUGUAUGCAAAAAUGCAACAACAGUUCCCUCAUCAGUAGCCCCGGCUGACAUUAGAAUGCAAAAAAGUAUUGCUGUUCGUUCUAACCCUGAAAAAAGGUCAUGCUGGGAUUCUGGUUGUGCCAUGGUCAGCAUCAACCCACUAUCUAGCAUAAUCAUCCUGGUGUGCAUUGAGCUUUUAUCUACAGCCUUCUGCACAGAUGCCUUUUUUAUCCCAUUCUGGGCCAGCUCCUGCCACCCUACUUGUUAUUUCAUCCACUGGCAACAGCAGAGAGGAGGUCCCCACCUCUCAUUUUUCGUAUGAAGCUUCUGGCAAUUUCAUAGUAGUUAGGUAGUUGCUAAAAUAUUUUAACUCAUCAUUUGGUGCAGGUGGCCCAUAGCAUGCAUCACCCACAAAUUACUUCUUUUAAAAUAAAAAUUAAAGCAAUUAUAGCAUUCCCUGAAAAAGCACAUUGGAAAACCAUCAGAGAAACUAAAGACAGGAAAUGAAAUAGACAUCCAGUGAGUGGGAGUUUCACAGCAUUGGUGCCACCGCAGAAAAGGCCAUGCUCCAGGAGGACUGAGGAAGAUCUUUAGGUCUUAAGAUGAACUACAUAUCUAAAGGAGUCGAUAGUGUUUGGUGUUCACUGCUGCUGAAAUGCUCUUUACAAUAUUUUCAGGUAAAGUAUAUUGAAAGUCUCUGUUGCUAAUCCUUCAUUUAUUAAUGACUGUUCUUGCAUUGCAUAGGUUCUGAUAGGAAUGCCACUGCAGAAGAGAUAAGGUUGGAGCUGGAAGAACUGAAGGAACUGGUUGAAGAGAAAACUGCAGAGGCAGAUCAAAACCUGGAUAAGUACUGUACCCUGAUAAUUGAUUAUGAUAAAUUAGAGGAAGAAAACGAGAUGCUAAAGACACAAGUCUCUCUUCUGAACACUCGGCUCAAACAGUCAUCAGACUCUUCCAGUUCCCCUCUACAAAGUCCAGGAAGCCAAACUAAAAUCACUAAUAGGCUGCUUGUGGAAAAGGCCUUGUCUGAAGAUAUUACUAAGAUUACUGUGAGGAGGCAAAGGUGUCAUGAAAACCGAAGCAAUGGUGAAAGUGCUACAUCUCCUUUUCCAGAGGCUGCCUCAAAACAAACUAAAAGAAGAACCACAUUUCAACAGCACAGCCCAAAAGUGCCCCUAGAAAAUGCAGAAUUUGAGUCAGAUGGUUCCACAGAGGUGGGAGGCAAAGGUAAUCACUUUCACAACAGUAUUGAUGUUUGUUUAAUAACAUUCUUGUUACAGCUUGAUACAGAGGGACAAUAGAGGUAACUGAAUCUAUCCCCCUAUGUUUGCCCUUUACCAUUUUGUAUUCUCAAUAUGACCAGUGGAGUAAAAUUUAAGGCUGCCAUUACAAGGCAUAAGGGUGUAAAAUUCUGCAUGUAAAGUGAUCAUCUUCUUCUUUGGCAAUCACUCAUAGCCGAGUAAUACUGUCUUCCAUGAACACGGUCUUAACUGUGAGUCUGUAAGUGACUGUGGAAGCCAAUUCUGGAUCCACACGUCCUUCCACAGUAGGGACAUAGGUUUCCGGACAGAAGUGGAUCAUGGUGAGGGUUUGCCAAGCGUGCCUUCCUCUUAGCACGUUUCCCCCUUUCGACCUGAAUCCAAGUGUCUUCAAAGCCCAUGACAGCUUUGGUAAAGGCUGUUCUCCAAUUGGAGCGCUUGCAGGCCAGUGUUUCCCAAUUGUCGGUGUUUAUACUACAUUUUUAGAAAUUUGUCUUUAAACCUCUUGCGUUGACCACCAGCAUUACGUUUUCCAUUUUUAAGUUCGGAAUGGAGUAGUUGCUUUGGAAGAUGUUGAUCAGGCAUCUGAACAACAUGACCAGUCCAACAAAGUUGAUGUUGAAGAAUAAUCGCUUCGACACUGGCGAGCUUUGCUUCUCCCAGUACACUGGCAUUAGUUCACCUGUCUUCCCAAGUGAUGUGUAGAAUUUUUCGGAGAAACAGUUGUGGAAUCUUUCGAGGAGUUGGAGAUGGCGUUUAUAAAGUGACGGGAGAGUCGUCUAACACUAUUGCCAAACCUUUACAACCGCAGAAGUAUAAUAUACCCAAACAUACGGUUGCCUGCAAACUGCUUUUUCCUGCGAUCUCUGUAAAGGGAGAUCUGUUCACGUGGAAGGCUUUUCUCCAUUCAACAUUCCCAGAAAAGGCUCAGCUGGAUUUAGGAUUAUUGCCAACAACAGGAGUGGGGGCAGCAAGAUACAGUGGGCGCAUUCUGGUGAGGGCAAGAGAGGCCUUUGUGGCCAUUGGAGCUGCAGCUUGCAAACCACUGAUGAAACCGCUGAUGAAAUCGCUAAGCUUGGGACUACUCAAGAACGCAAGUCUGUGGGCUCAUUCCAUGAAUGCUUGACUCCUUAAUAGCCUUGGGGCCAGUGGCCUCACAUUAUGCAGAUACUAACUAGCAAAAGGAAACCAUUAUCUUUCAAGCUGAAAGCACCCACCUGGGAGACUGCAGAAACACUUUACCUGUAGUACUUGAAAUGAAAAUAAGUAUUAUGUUCCUGUUGUAAGGAUUUAUGUCAGGGAAGGGCUGUGCAUCAAUGGUAGAUCAGCCACUUAGCAUGCAGUAGAUCCAGGUUCAGUCCUUGGCGUUUCCAGGUAGAUCUAGGAGCAUCUCCUGUGUGAACCCUUGAAGAUCCACUGACAGUUCACAGCUAGGUGGACCAAUGGUCUGACUGUAGAAGGGAACUUCCUAUAUGGCUCAGUUGGUUAGAGCAUGGUGCUGAUAAUGCCAAGACUGCAGGUUCGAUCCCCGUAGGGAACAUAUUCCUGCAGGGGGUUGGACUAGAUUAUCCUCAGGGUCCCAUCCAGCUCUACAGUUCUAUGAUUCUAUGAUAAUCCUAAUUGACAAACAACACACCUCUGUAAAACCUUGCAUAGUCUUCAGAUGCUGCAGGGCCGGAAUGCAUACUGUACAGCAACAAACUACCAUUGCUAUUAUUUAUUUCUUCUUUUGGGUAUCUUACUCAUCCUUCAGCACGUUGCAACAAUAUAAAAACACAAGAUUAAAAUCAAUUUAUACAAUUUACAGUCAGAAAAAUAAGGUAGUAUAUGGGGCCUAACUUGUUUAGGGAUUUAAACACUACAGUGGUACCUCGGGUUAAGAACUUAAUUUGUUCCGGAGGUCCGUUCUUAACCUGAAACUGUUCUUGACCUGAAGCACCACUUUAGCUAAUGGGGCCUCCUGCUGCUGCCGCGCCGCCGGAGCACGAUUUCUGUUCUCAUCCUGAAGUAAAGUUCUUAACCCGAGGUACUAUUUCUGGGUUAGCGGACUCUGUAACCUGAAGCGUCUGUAACCCAAGGUACCACUGCAAUAUGAGCACCUUGAAUUGGACCCAAAAAGCGAGCUGGCAACUGUUUUUAAACAGUUGGUUGUUGUUUUCCUUUUUAUUUCUUUUUUGUUUUUAUCCCUGCUAUAGUUUUUUAAAUGUAACAAACAAUGAUCACCACACACUUUCCUCCCUCAGGAUCUUCUGAUCUUCCUCCAGGAAAUGGCAGCUCUUGGAUUUCUCACGGGGCAUAUCUAAUUCCCAGAGCGAGCCCCUGUCUUGUCCGUCCAAGCUUGAGAUCGCCACCGUUUACUGAUGACUCCCAAACAACUGAGAGCGACUGCUUGCUUGAAAACCAAAAAGCAACACCAGAGGGCAGCAAACUACAAAAGGUAACUUGCAGGUAUUAUUAAACAUGAGUUUGAACAUACCAAAGCACAAGAAAUUCAGAUUGUGAAUGUAUCUGAGCAAGUGCUUAUGGGAGUGUCUCGUUGUACUUAUACAAGUUGUGAGCAAAUCAGCGUGAAGACGGGGAAAGUGAAUAUAGGAGGAAGUGACCAUAAAUUAGCAGCAGAGAUCUUGUAUGGCUCCCUCCACACACCCCCAAUUAUAAAAUCUGAAGAGAACUUUGUUGUGUAGAUUUGGCUUACAAAUCAUGAAGCCUGUAUGGAAUCAUGGUACAUGUAUAAGAACUUAAAAGGGAUGUUUGUGUGUUUUUGUGUCUUCAAAACACUUAACUGAGUACCUACCUGGAGUGAGUGCUAAAUACUUAGGUGUAUAGUUACAGGUAGGUAGCUGUGUUUUCAUUCCAUUAGUGUUUAAUUAAUUGUUAAUGGCUAACUUUUCUAUGUUUUUUGCUUUUUCUGUUUUGUCUGCUUUUUUGUAUUUUUAUCUGCAAGCCAUCUUAAGUCUCAAUCUGAGAAAAAGGUGGGGUAUAAAUACAUAUAACAAUAAUAACAAUUUAACCUAAUAAUAAUAAUAAUGUAAUAUAAGGGUGGCGCUGUGGGUUAAACCACAGAGCCUAGGACUUGCCAAUCAGAAGGUUGGCAGUUCGAAUCCCCACGACGGGGUGAGCUCCCGUUCGGUCCCUGCUCCUGCCAACCUAGCAGUUCAAAAGCACGUCAAAGUGCAAGUAGAUAAAUAGGUACCGCUCCAACAGGAAGGUAAACGGCAUUUCCUUGUGCUGCUCUGGUUCGCCAGAAGCGGCUUAGUCAUGCUGGUCACAUGACCCGGAAUUGUACGCCGGCUCCCUCGGCCAAUAAAGCGAGAUGAGCGCUGCAACCCCAGAGUCGUCUGCGACUGGACCUAACGGUCAGGGUCCCUUUACCUUUACCUAAUAUAAUAUAACCACAUAAACAAAACACAGAAUCCUUUGCUAAUUUCCUCAUACAUCUAGAAAAUUAGGAUGCCAAAUUCUAAAACCAGCAGUUAAAUUUUGCACUUCAUUCAUUGUUGGCAUCUGUCUCAAGAAACAAUAGAGUGUGCCUCUAGGGGUGAAGUCAAACCACUGGAGAAUCACAGCGCCUGCUGUGGCUGUAGAGACCGGCAACUUGCAACUGCUGCCUCCCACAUUCUACAUUCUGACAAAGGUCUUGUUUGAAACAUCUCUGCUCAUAUGAUCCAGUGCAUCAGUGCUGGAAUAAUAACAAUAACAAGUCCCUCUUCUCCUUACACCUUUCUCCAUCAAAAAGUGGACUUUGAGCAGGGCCCAGCCAGCUGACCAUAAGAGGCAAUGAUGAGGCUUACACGGGAGCAGGGCAAGGGUUCAGUAGGCCGGUCCAAUUGACUUUUGAAAAACAUGGCCUUCAGCUCCGCUACUAGACUCAGAAAUGCGAAAAGUAGUCCUCGCCAUUGGAAUCAAUAAACGUCUUCCUUGCAUGGAUUGAUACAUGUAUACUUUUUCUGUGUGUCUGUGUUCCCAGAUAAAUGACAUGCGGCUGCAAGAAAUCCUAGCUGCUGCCUCCCCCUUGGGAUUUGCUCCCAGGUCUCCCCUUUCAGCUUGCAACCAGUCAGCCCAAGCAGUUGAUGGAAGAUGUGCUAGGACCCCCAGAGCAAUCGAAACGAAAAGCCCUCAAAGUACUGAAGAAAACGAGCUGGACAAAGCCUGCCACGUGCAGUAAAUCUGGAUUCUGGACUUGAAAUGGUGAGAGCAAAGGGUUGUUUAGGAACUGAAAAUCCUGAGAACAGAUUUCAUUUGGCUGAUUGACAUCUGAUGCUCUUUUAAAUGUGUUGUGGGAGGAGGAGAUUACUGGGUUGUUUUUGUUCUUAUCUUUAUUAUAUAUUUUGCAUUUUUUUAUAUUGCAAUUUUACGUUGCGAACUGCCCUGAGAUCUAUGGAUGAAGGGCAAUAUACACAUUUAAUGAAUAAUAAUUUUGUCCAUUUAGUUUUUUCAUCCCCCUCCC